AUGAAGCCGGCGUUCGGUUUCUCCAUCGAGGAAAUACUUCGGGACACUUCUUCGAGAGACCCCAGAGACGGUGAGGACGAGACGGCAGACCUGGAGCCUACGUAUCGCUGCCCGUCCAUGGACAUUGCCGAACAGUUGCUGCUGCUGCCCCCGACGCCCUGUUACGGGAUGCCCCAGCCGUCCCCGCUCUCUGCCGGCCCCCCGCAGGCACACGGAGUGCCUUUCGCGGCUGCCUGCUGCGGAGGGUGCCUGUCGCUUCAGCUGCUCUCGUGGGGAGUCUGCCAGCCCUCCACCGUCGCCAGUCUGCCAACGCAGCCGGCACAGGCGGCAUUGCAGGCCAAGGCGGCGGCCGAGCGCUGCUUCUCGUGCGGCCAGUGCGGCAAGCGCUUCAAGCGCUCCUCCACGCUGUCCACCCAUCUGCUCAUCCACUCGGACACGAGGCCCUACCCGUGCCACUUCUGCGGCAAGCGCUUCCACCAGAAGUCCGACAUGAAGAAGCACACCUACAUACACACCGGUGAGAAGCCUCACAAGUGCGUGGUCUGCGGCAAGGCAUUCAGUCAAUCGUCCAACCUGAUCACGCACACGCGCAAGCACAGCGGAUUCAAGCCGUUCGCGUGCCGUGUCUGCGGCCGUGCCUUCCAGCGGAAAGUGGACCUGCGCCGGCACGCGGACUCGCAGCACUGCGGCCCACCGGCCCUGCAACUGUCGCCGCUCGCCGUUGCGCCGGCUCAUCGCAACGUACCGGUCGCCGCGUCGUCGGCAGCUGCCGCCGCAGCCGCCAGCGUCUGCAUGCCGUAGUAGAGCGCCCCCCGCCUGAGCACACAAGGCAUUGCCAACAAGAAGCUUUCCAAGACACCGUUAAAGCGAGACAGUUGUUUUCCAGGAAAUUAGUCGGAACAAGAGAUUUCUUCGGCUAAAG